AUGGAGUCGGCUAAAAGUGAUUCUUUGGACAUGACGGCUGCGAUCAUACCUCUGCCUGCAUACCACCAUAAUGCCAAGAAUUGGUUCUUGCAGGUGGAAUCCAUCUUUUCAAUGCUACGCAUUACUUCACAGCGAGCCAGAUUCGCGAACGUAAUGCAGAAACUCCCAUCCGUUAUGAUGGACGAAAUUUCUGACGUCCUCUCCGAUUUGCGCGAGCAUGAACCAUACGAUCACUUAAAGGAAGCAAUCCUCAAGCUAACCGGACGUUCCGAGGAAGAUAUGAUUCAAGAAAUACUGCGGAACGUCACUAGAGGCGACAAAACGCCAUCCCAGCUUCUCAGAUAUAUGAGGAACCAGCUGGGAAAGUACAACGUGUCAGAGAAGGUUCUUCGAGGUUUAUGGCUGGAGCAUUUGCCUAAAUCUGUCGCUCAAAUCAUCGCACCAAUGACGAGAGCUACGCCUCUGGACGAUUUGGCGGAAUCUGCUGAUCUAGUUUUCGCACAGUUCGACCACAGCGUUAACGCUGUUCGCGCCCCGACAUAG